CUAUUUGCGACUUUUUUUCUUGACGUCGACCUAUUGGUAGAGACAUAGUUCGUACCGUAGCGCGAUGAACAUCUUCUCGUGCUUUCACGCAGCACAGAGAGCGAGGGCGUACGCUUGUAUUGCUCAACCAAGAACCAAAGUGAGGCUAUUGCUCUUCUGUUCCUAAAAAAGGUGUUGUUUCAAUCAGACAUGCUGGCUCCUCGUCGUUCGUGUUGGCUUACGUUGCUGGUACCUGCUGGUGUCAUCUUGCCGGCCUUCAGCGCCACUGCCGGCGCGGCGGUGGGAACAAAUCAUACGAAUCCCACGACGACGACGACGACGACGAACAGUACCAACAUGACAAAUUAUACAGAGGGAGCUGCAGUUUCCGUAGUUAAACCAGAGGCCGACGCACCAAAGCCUCCACCUGGUCCCCCAGCCCCUGGGUUCUACCAAACCGCACGGAAUCGCCUGAACACGCCUUGGCUGUACGCGGAGUGGCCGACACCCUCCCUUGCCUCGCCUCGCAGUCGGUAUCCGGAGCCCGCUAUGGAUUGCAAAUAUGUCUGUGUCUGGAAGAGUGCAAACUUGUGAUGCGCAUUUCACAACGCAUACAAAUCUCUCAUGCCUAGGCAGCAAAAGUUGCCCACUUUCCGUCAACAAAGUGGGGGAUUUGUCAUGCGGAUUCGGCACCAUUGUGGAAGCUUCUCGAAACCUAGAGAAACCUGUGAUGCUAGAGCUUCCAUGCGAGUCCUUCUGUGUCAUGCAAAAACAGCAUGACUCUUCCAGACCCAGACAGAUUUGCAGUUGAUACCCGUCCCAACGGCGCGUUGUGUGAACAUCACCGAAGUGCGGCAGACGCACACGAUAUGGAAGCGUCAGGAUUGAAAUCGUCAAAGUUGAAAUGAUUUCUCAUACAUAAACUGCAAGGCAUGAAGUGCCUCUCUUGCAGGGACGGCAAGUGAGGCCGACUGUCAGCCUGUUCUGGGUCUGCGGUAGGGCUGCUAAAGUAGCAUGACAAAAAACGCCUUCUCUCGCUAAACAGCAUGACAAACUGGAUUUAGACGGCGCCGAAAUUUCUCAUGCGCUGCUUGAAAAUUGAGCUUCCAACUGGUAUCGAUGUUUUUUAUGCAUUGCAAGUUAUUUCAACUUUGUCGGUUUCAAACCUGACACUCCCAUACACGAGCGGCAGUGUGCUCUACAUGGGGAGACUCGCGCCGCCGGUAGGGCACGGCGGCUGGAUCGUGCUGGCGAAGCAUAUGCACUGCAAAAGUAUCGUACUCGCAUAAAUGCAUUAAUACAAAUUUCCUCAGCAUGAGAAAUUUUGUAAUGCGGAUCUACCUGAAGAAAAAGAUUUGUAAUGCAUGGCUGCCAUAAUUGCUACGAGUACGAUGCUUUUGCACUGGAUAAAGCAGGGAUGGUGGCAAGUCGGGAGCCGUGAGUAUCUCCUCCGCUUGUCGGCGUGCAGGCCCGCGGUUGUUGCGCCGGCGUCGGUGCAGGGGGAGGAGGGGGAAGCAGUAGAUGACUUGGCUGCAGCUUCAACAUCAAUUUUAUCAUCAUGUCCGAACGUCACAGAUCCAGAUGUCGCAUUUUCCGGGGCUGCCGCUGUCGACGAAUUCUCCGGUAAAAAUGGCACGAAGAACAAUUUCACCACUUCGAGGACUACAGCAGAGGAUAACAACGCUUCGGCUAUGGACUUGCUAUCGCUGAAUGGCGUGAACGCAAGCGUGCACUUGCUGGGAAGGAAGAGGAACUGCACCAUGAUGAUACCGGCGAAGCCGAAGCAAAAGCAAGAAAUAGAUCAUGAUACUGGCUCGGCAAGAGCGCAGCACGUGGUCACCAAUAGCUCUGAACAAGAAAAACUGGUGCACCAAAACAAUAGUACUACUGACGCGGAACAAACAAAGCAGACACAGACUCGGAACACUACCGCAAGUCAAUGACUCAGUACGAACAUGUACAUGUGAAGCAAGUGCCAUCAAGCGAAAAAUGUGAAUAAAGCGUCGCAAUGUUGACACACAGUAGGGGUCGCCGGACCAUCGAUUAAGAAUCAGACUCUCUACAUCAAACACGACGAUGCACGAAUAGCGC